ACUCAAUGAAUAAAUAUUAUCCUAUUAACUAAUAUUUAUUAUUACCUUUAAGAAACUCUAGAUAUAAGAGGAAACCUUUAAGUCUUUUUGAUCAACAGUUGCCGAUAUGUACCGAAACCCAAACAAAUAUAAAAAAUAAAAAUAAUAAACAAGAACGAGUGGUGCUUGAAUUUGAGGUUAUAAGUGUAUUUUUUUUUUGAUGUAAUAAAUUGGUAUAAAAAAGCUCUCUAGCUCGCUACCUGCAUCUGCCGCGAGAGUCGCUGAGCGAACAUCAUGCAGCGGGAGGAGAAGCAGCUAGAGUCGGCGCUCGACGCAAUCAUAAUGCGCGUCAACGACCUGAAGAAUUCCAUCGGCUCGAUGCUCAUGAAGCUGGAGCACGAGUACGAGACGUUACACUGGCCGACCUUCCUGGACAACUUCGCACUCAUGUCGGGUCACCUGGCGACGCUGUCCAAGAUGCUGUCGCACGACAAGUGCCCGCCGCUGCGCAGCCUCACUGCGCUGCCCCUGCUGCUGAGCCCCGACCGCGACGAGGAGCUGGCGCGCCUCACGGAGCACCGCGUGCACACCUUCUCGCACGACCUGGUGCCCGACUACCUGCGCACCAAGCCCGAGCCCGAGGUGGAGGCCCGCACCGCCCAGAUGGAGCUCAAGGCCGCCGGCCUGUCCUACGAGGCGGCCCAGAAGCAGAUCACCGCGUACGUGAAAGUGGUGACGAACGUGUGGGAGAUUGUGAGCAAGGCGCGGGAGGAGUGGGAGACGGAGACCGGGGCCAGGUCGGGGGCCGUGCAGACUUCCUCCGUCAGCGACACGCACACGCUCGUCGCGGCCGUCGGCAUGGGCAAGGGACUGAAGGCGGUGAUCCAGCCGCCGGUGCAGCCGGGGCCGCAGGGCAUGAUGGUCGCUCCGGUCGGCCGACCCGGGGCGGGGGGCCCUCAGCAGCCCGGCCAGAUGAACCCCAACCAGCCCGGCCAGAUGGGAGCCAUGGGGAAGGCGCCCGGUGCGAUCAAGACCAACAUCAAGGCUGCAACACAGAUUCACCCGUACAAUCGGUGAACAGUACAGCGCGGUACUUGGACAUCUGUCUGCCUCUUUGUACAUAAGCUUUAAAUAAUGGUAAGAGGCAUAAAAAAAAUGUGAAUGAGGGUAUAUUAUGUGUGACUAAUGUUCUCGAAGUUAGUUUCCUUUAAAGCUAAGCUUUUUUCCAAUGCGAAUGUACUGAACAGAAAGUCCUCAUUCAACAUGGCAAAUUCAUUGGAAUCUUUGCCCUUUUGUACCGAACAGUGGUCACAGUUGUGAACACCUUAAAUAAAAUUGCUCUUUGAUAAUGCGUAGAAAUAAAUACAGUUGUAACAUAUUCCGUGUUUAAUGGAAAAACAAAUCUGUAACAUAUAGAUGAUAAUAUAUAUAUAUUGCUAAAAUUAA